GUCGUCGUCGUUGCUGUUGUUGUUGCAUGUACAGUUCUUAAGCAAUUCUUUUCUUCAGUUUGCUGUUCGCUCUAAUCUCACGCAUCCAUCCCAAGCAUCUACUCAACCUAUUCCAAACUCGUCAUCCAUCCAGUCUCAGUUUUUGCUGCAUUUGAGCUGUUACAGAUACAAAUGAAGAAGCGACGACGCGAGCCGGAUGUUGACAUUCCGCCCGUCGCACCGCUGCCAGUCGACAUGCAACGACAGCCGCUCACUCGUGCUCCAAGCGAUGACGAGCGGUCCAAGCGAGCGCGGAUGGACGCCGAAGCAGAGCCUGUCGAUGUCCUUGCCGACGCGCCAAUCCCAGCCAUUCCCAUUGCCAUCGCCGCCGCCGCUGCUGCUGCUGCUGCUGCUGCUGUUGGGUCGCCGCUCGAGUCUCCCCACGCACGAGCACUGCGGGUCCAAGGUCGCGCCCGGCUGCGUUCGGCUGCUGCUGCUGCCGCUGCUGGAAGUCCUGCGCUGUCGUCAUCCACACGAGGCGGCGUCGGUCGAGUCAACAGCAAGUCCAUGCCAGACGAAAAAUCGGUCUACGCACCGCUCCCAGAGUUUGUCGCAGCAGGUUCCGACAUGCUCAAGGAAACACCGCUUCCCCCGAACGAGUUCAUUCCUCAUGUGGUCAAGAACUUGCAGGCGGAUCCCGAGGCCGCGGAGAAGACAAUCGCAGGCAAGCUACAGAACAAGACCUUGUUGCUGGACAACCGAAUCGCCGGAGACCAACGAGCCAAGGAAAAGGAAGAGAAGGCUCGUGCCAAGCUGAAAACAAGGCCAGCGCAUGUGCGACUGUUGACGUCUGCCGAGCGUCGUGGGCUGAACGUGUUUAACAUUGAUCGCGAGCACCAACGCUACGACUUGUACGUGCCGUUGCAUACCAUGUGGGUCCAGUAUCUGACUGAAUAUCUAGCGCUACGGCCAAACGUGUCAAUUUCUCAAUCCCUGUACGCGCGGCUGCUCAAGGCCGAUUUUCACGGCUGCUUGCUCAAAGUGGACAGAUCCAAGGUGCCGUCUUGUGUCGGUGCGACUGGCAUUGUGCUCCAAGAAACAUCCAACACAUUCAAGAUAAUAACAGAGAAGAAUACCAUGAAAACAUUGCCCAAAGCUGGAUCGGUCUUUACCUUCACCGUAGGCGGGCUAUUGUUCGAGCUCUUUGGAUCACAGCUGUGCUACCGUCCCGCCGAGCGCAUUGGUCGCAAAUUCAAAGCCAAGCCGUCGAUGGAUUUGUAGAUUUUUGCUUGUCGUGUUAGUCGUUAAAGGAACAGGCUUUCCUGCCAAUAUACUAUAUCCAGAAAGCCA